AUGGCCACCAAAACUAGCUCCUCCGUUGCUUUUUUCCUCACCCUCAACAUCCUCUUCUUUGCACUUGUCUCUGCUUGCAGCACGUGCUAUGGUCCAACUCCAAACCCAAGGCCGAAUCCCAGGCCAAGGCCAAGGCCCAGCCCUUCAGGUGGUUCAAGCCCAUCGGGUGGCUCUAGCCCAUCUGGAGGGUCUAGUCCUUCAGGUGGCUCCACCCCCUCGGGUGGUUCUAGCCCUUCAGGAGGCACGUGCCCUCGUGAUGCACUCAAACUUGGGGUAUGCGCAAAUGUGCUAAACGGGUUGGUGAAUGUGACAUUGGGUCAACCACCAGUGACCCCUUGCUGCUCCCUUCUCGACGGCCUCGUUGACCUUGAGGCGGCAGUGUGCCUCUGCACUGCACUCAGAGCAAACAUUCUGGGCAUUAACCUUAACCUUCCCAUCUCACUCAGCUUGCUCCUUAACGUUUGCUCAAGACAAGUCCCACGUAACUUCCAGUGUGCCUAA